AUGAAACACCACUUCACGGUUGAUAGGAGAGAGCGGUCACCGAUCGAUGGGAGCACACUCAGUGUGACCAGCCCGGAGUCCACAGAUGACAGCAUGGGAGUAUGCUGGCCGUGGACCAUGAAGAGAGAUGAGUCAUCCCCACGUCCGGGGCCUGCCCUCCCACAUGAGGACAUCUACUUCACCACCCGGCCUCAGGGACUCUUGGGCUGGAGCAGCUCCUUAUCAUCGUCAGAUUCCUCGGCAGAGUAUCAGUCCUACUCCCAGUACCAGUCCUGCUGCUCCUGCCUGCACGACCCGCAGGACAACCCCCCACAGAGCGUGUGUGCACUCUACACCCAUGUGCAGACAGUGCGCGGCGUGGCAGUGGCCUGGGAGACUGAGGAGGGCUUCGAACCAAUCAGCAGGACGCCUCGCAUCCAUGAAGCCCAGUUCAUCAAGCGACAGCGGCGCAAAGGCUCCUCCUUUGAGAUGGCCUCCAACACCGACCUGCACUGGGAGCUAGAAGCCUGCAAGAACACCCCGUACCAGGAGCCUGAAGAUGAUGCCACUGAGCUGCUGAGUCCCUUGGAGAGCUGCCUGCAGGAGCUGCGGACGCCCCCAGACUGGCUGAUCACCACCAACUACGGGCUGCGCUGUGUGGCCUGCUGCCGCGUCUUCCCCUCGCUUGAGACCCUGCUGGAGCAUGCUCAGCAUGGCAUCCAUGAGGGCUUCAGCUGUCAGAUCUUCUUUGAAGAGAUGCUGGAGAGGAAGAGGGCCCGGGAUCAAGGACAGGAAGAGCAGGAGGAAGAGGAAGAGGAGGAGGAGGAGGAGGAGGAGGUGGAGGAGGAGGAGGAGGAGGAGGAAAAGAGCCCUUCUGAAGGUAGCCAGUGUAGUAGUCCUCAUGUCAAGAUACAGCCAUCUGAACUACAGCAAGAAGCACAACAGGCAGAACAACAGCCACGGCAGCAGCAGCUGCAACAGCAGCAGCAACCCUCUCAACGACAGUCACCGUCGAAGUCGAAGCAGAAACCCCAGCAGGCCUGA